GGCGCUACCUGUGUGAUCUGGCAUGCUGCUGCUGGCGGGAUGCGUGUGAGGCCCAGCGGAGCUUGUCUCGCGGUCGGACGACGAGUGGUGAAAUCGCCUUCAGAAAAGCCUGGUCCUGUCAGCAGUCGCAUGGGCCGGACUCACGUCUGUCGACUGCUCGCUUAGCUGCUGCUGCUGCUGCCUUGCUUCGUCUCCGCCCGCCCGCCCGCUUUGCGGUCAAGCCUCCAGACCCGUGAUGUGCAGGCGUGCCUUGGGCGUGGCCGCACCUUAUGACUAUUGCCUUGGGAAUGACAUGGAUCGUUGCUUGAACAACACGAUCCGCUGUCUUGCCGUCCUGCGCGCGCGCGCGUCCUCCUCCUGCUGCGCCCGCCAGUCUUUUCGUCGUUUGCUCCUCUUCAGACCGCGCGCAAGUAAAACGCAACAUCAUCGAAUGUCCCGUCUGAACACGUACCAACACUCGCUGCUUCUCGUACGUCAUGGCGGCAGAAGACGGUGCCUCGAGGCCGAGCCCGAGCACUGAAGACGUGUCUCCAAAGGGAACGCCGAAACAAGCGACAGUGGACUCUGUGGACGAACACGGGCAGGAUGCCGACCAGAAGAGGGUCGAGGAUCGUGAGGCCUUGCAGUAUUGGGGCUACCUGGUGAAGUCGGACAAGUGCGGGACCGACAAGCUGAACAGCUUGCUGGCGGGCAUAGCACACUACAUCGCAAAUCACUUUGAAGGGAUACGGGACUGCCCGGACCUCACGCCGAUGCAGCUCGCCGCAUUUUACAGAGCCGUGGGCGGGAACUACGAUGUGCUCUUCGUCGAGACGCAGGCCUCUUCGAUAGCAUUCAUCUACAAGGCGCUGGGCUGUCUGCACUCGAUUCAGCCAGAGGGCAACGACGGCCACGCGCCACCUACGGUCCCGGCAUUGAAGCCACGCGGCUUCGUUACAUGGCAGACAAUACAGCUGUUGCUCGGCCCGGAGGAACAUGUGCCUUUCCUCCAAAGCGCGGUCGAGCAGUUCGACAUCGUCGACCCGGAAACCGGAGAGAAGUUUCCGAAGGUGUUGCCCGACGCCGCCUUCCCAUCUGAACCAGACCCGGCGAUGACGGAAUGGUACAACCAGGUGCACGAGAAGCUUUGGCGGGAUAUGCAGUGCCCACAGAUACGAAGGAGCCUAUCCCUCGGCGAUGCUUCAGCGAGCGAGCUGUCGGGCGACGAGAGGGUUGCUGCGGACUACUUCCGCAAUCCCAUGUUUCGAGACAAGACGGGACGGCCGACUGUGGUGCGGAAUUAUUCGAAAACAAACCACGCAAGGAGUCCACGACAGGGGCUUGCCGAUCGAGGGCGUGCCGUCAUGCACAGCGUAAGGCAUUUCAUCAAUCCAACUAACACGAGCCACCAUCAUCACCAACCGUCGCCUCCGACUAGACGUCCCAGACGAGUCAGUCCGGCAGAGAGAUACGAAGUCGACGUUGACGACAGCGAAGAUGAGUACGAGGACAUCACGCCCACAGAACGCUAUCCCCAGUACAAAGGUAGACCGCCUCGACCAGCACUCAGAUACAAGAGUCCCGAAAUGAUCGAGACUGAUUCUGAUUCAGAAGGAGUCUACGUGAACAAGAGACCGGUUAUGACGCGCCGCACGAGUAGCCAGCAAAGUCGCAGCCGAGAACGAAGAGAACGUGAACGUGAACGUGAACGAGAGCGCGAGAGAGAGCGGGAACGAGAACGUGGACGGGAACGUGAGCACGAGGAACGUAGACGCGAAAGGGAAUGGGAGCGCGACAGCUCCGGUAGUCGCAACAGACCAUCUCCAACACUUCGCCAUCGUCGCAGCCACGAACCGGCAGUCAGCCCACGCGACUAUUUCCCUCCGCACAUACGCGAGUACGAGGGACCCCGACGCCAUUCCCACUCCACUCAUGGCAGCUACGGGUUGUUCGCAUCAUCAGAGCCUUCGGGUGGCUUCGCACCAUCCACCGAACCGCCCAUGGCUUCUCGCAUCUCGAGGAUGCAGAGCACACGCACGGCGAGUCCGAGACGCGAUCACUUGAGGGCGACGCCGCCAGAGGAACGAGGUAACUACAACGGUCGGCCCACCGUGCGCUACUCGAAGCGCAACGUCGAACCCAUCGACGAUCGUCGAGCGCGCUACGAUUAUAGGAAACACAGCGACGAAUAUCUGAGCGUGAGCAGGAAGGACCCGGGCAGGAGCCGAAGCUACGACCCAGAUAUUGAUCGCUUACGACAGAGCACGAGGUAUGUGGAGGGCGCGUCGGGCCGGAAGUACCCCUCCGAGUACCCUUGGAGAUGAGACCAGGACGUUGCGGACGUGAUGAUGUUGAUGAGAGAUGGAGGACAUGAUACCCAUUUUCACCCCGUAUCUUUUUUCAUGUUUCGUGUUAACGGUGUAAACGUAUGUUCUUCUCAGGUCGAACGGAUUGCAGUUGCGUUAACU